AUGACAAUUAGGACCCUUAAGAAGUUCGGCCCGGAGCAACUUCUUACUGCUCCACGGCGUACACCAGGAUUCCCUAGUCCUGAUGGACGUAAAUUUGUCUUUACACAAUCUCUAUACUCAUUCGAUUCCCAUAGCAAGACAUCAGAGAUUGUAGUGUUUGAUUUCGAUACUGGUGAACAAAAAGUCGUUAGUACCGAUGUCAAGGCGAGUGAGCCACGAUGGGUUGGUGAAGGUAGUCAGCUUGUGUGGCUAAAGGAGGGCGAGAAUGGCAAUACAAGCUUUAUUGUAGCUGACAUCAACUCACCUGGCAAGACCUAUACAGCUGGCACAGUCGCUGGUCCUGUUACGAACCUGAAGCUGUACUCCAUCGAACCUGGAAUGGUAGCUGUAGCUGUCGCUGGUAAAGCGAACACAGAUGGCAGCCUGCACAAUCCAAAGGACACGCCGAAGUCAUACACAACAGCAAAGCUGUAUGAUGCUACAUUUGUGCGGCAUUGGGACAGUUAUGUUACCAAAGAGCGAAAUUCGAUCUUUACUGCAGUCCUCAAAAGAGCGCCAGCUCGUGUGCACGGUCGAGAGGGAAGAUAUGACCUUGUUGGCUUCACUAAUGCUCUCAAGGGAACAGGUUUAGAGUGUCCCAUACCACCCUUUGGUGGAACAGAUCACUUCGAUGUUGGCCGCGAAGGACUGAUUAUCGUUGCGAAAGAUCCUGACUUGAAUCCAGCUACUCAUACCAAAUGUGAUGCUUACUGGGUCCCCAAAAAGGACCUUAUGGACUUGAGUGAGCCGAGACCUCACAAAAUCUCUGUUCCUGGCUACGAAGGCGCGGCCAGUUCACCUGUCUUUGCCUCUGACGGUAGUUUCGCAUUUCUCAAGAUGCAAGAGGACGGCUACGAGGCUGACAAGAACCAUAUUGUACAUGCUUCAGUCAAGCAGUCGAUUUCGUCCGAAGUGCCCGAGUUCACUACUCGCAUAUUUGAGUCUCAGGAUCACAUUCUGGACAUUCCACAACACGAGUUCUGGUCGCUCAGUCCAUCAGCCCUGCUCUGGUCGCCUGAUAUGCAAUACCUCUAUAUUCAUGCAGAGCACCAUGGUGCAGGCUGUCUGUUUGCUCUUGAAUUGGGUUCAGAAACGAACAGUAAAUCUGACAGUGUCUACCAACUUACUGACAAAAACUAUAUCCUCGAAGCCAUACCAGUGCCCAAAACUCCAUAUUUGCUUGUGACAAGCAACAGCCUUGUUGAUAAUAGCUUGUUUUAUCUUCUGAGUACAAACCACCACGAUCAACAUGGGCGAAAGUCAGCUGUUCCGAUUCAAGACACGCUCAUGGUAAUCACGCUUGGUCCUCCUUCGUCAGCAACCCCACCAAUUCCGACUCAAUUCAUCUCAUCUUGCUCUUUCUCACACACAAAAUUUGGUCUUUCACCAUCCCAAGUGUCACACCUCUGGUGGAAAGGCGACAAAGAUCAUCCUGUCCAUGCUCUCAUGAUGCGACCAAGCACAUUUGACCCCAACAAGAAAUACCCACUAGCCUAUCUAAUCCACGGCGGCCCCCAAGGCGCUUGGAACGACCAAUGGAGCACGCGAUGGAACCCAGCACUCUUUGCAGAACAAGGCUACAUAGUCAUCGCACCCAAUCCCACAGGCAGCACCGGCUACGGCCAACCUUUCACCGACGCCAUCAAAGAAAACUGGGGCGGCAGUCCCUACAUCGACCUAGAAAAAGGCAUCACAUACAUUGAAGGGAAUCUCUCCUUCAUCGACACCUCGCGCAUGGUCGCGCUCGGCGCCAGCUACGGCGGCUACAUGAUGAACUGGUUCCAGGGGCAUCCUCUCGGCCGCAAAUUCCGAGCUCUCGUCUGCCAUGACGGCGUCUUCAGCAUGAUGGGCCAACUCGCUAGUGAAGAGCAGUAUUUCCCCAUCCACGAUAUGGGCGGUACUAUAUGGGAUAAACCCGAGUAUUACAGGAAAUGGGAUCCUGCUAGCCCAGAACUUCUUAAGGAAUGGAGCACGCCUAUGCUGGUUAUACAUAAUGAUCUUGAUUACCGAUUGACGGUGUCUGAGGGUUUGAGCGCAUUCAAUGUGCUUCAGAACAAGGGCGUUGAGAGCAGGUUUUUGACGUUUAGCGAUGAGGGUCAUUGGGUGUUGAACCCGGAGAAUAGCUUGGUUUGGUGUCUUGUUGUGCUGAAUUGGUGUAAUAAGUUUGUUGGGUUGCCUGUUGUUAAGGAUAGUACUGGGAGGACGGGGGAUGAGUUUUGUAGGCAGGGACGGAGGAAGGAGCCUAGUGAGAAGUGA